CCCUGAUUACCCGAGUAACACGAAGUGUACGGAAGUAACAUGCUUGCAUGCAGCUGUACUUGCUGCUACGAAUAGGAGUACUACAGUGCUGCCGUACAGGACAAUACCUGUGCAGCUUUUCACAUUUCAUUCAGAGAAAACGUGCAAUCGAAAAUAAAGCUAUUAUCUAAAAGAAGCAGCCAGGGCACAACACACUACGCAAGUACAGCAUAGCGGGUUGCACUGGCGGAGCCCAACAACAACAGGUGGUCCGGUUUACAGAGCGCCAGAUCUGUCCGCUCAGGCAAUGUUGACAAACAAAGACAGGUGUCCCCACAACAACAAGGAUGCCACGGAGCGCAAACCCGAGGCUGCCAAGGCGCGGUGGAGUCUCCUGCGGCAGGUGUUAAAGCAGAGGCAGCCGGACAGUGACAGUAUGCAGCAGAUAUCCGUGCGCAGAUUCUCCUCCUUCAACCUCUUCACAAGAACCAGAGUGAAGGCGCUGGACAGAGAGGAGUCGGGAGGAGGAGGAGCGGGACAGUGGGUCCAAUACACAAGUGCUUCAUUUCCACAGUACAGUGCCUUUUUAAGCGAUAACCUUGGACCUUUAAAAGUGGACGAGGUUCUCACCAGCUUCGACAACACCGGGAAUGUCUGUGUGUGGCCUUCAGAAGAAGUGUUGGCCUACUACUGCUUGAAAACCCCUGAGGUGUUCAGGGGCCUUACCGUGUGUGAACUGGGAGGCGGCAUGACAUGCUUGGCUGGGCUCAUGGUCGCUAUUUCUGCCGAUGUCAAAGAAGUCCUGCUAUCUGAUGGGAAUGAAAAAGCCAUCCAAAAUGUACACAGUGUCAUAGAAAGGAACAGGAAAAUGGGUGUUAUCAAGGCAGCUUCAGUAUCCAGUUGUGUUGUGAGAUGGGACAGUGAGGCUGACAUCUCUCCGUUGGAAGGGCAUUUUGACAUUGUUAUCUGCGCUGACUGCUUGUUCCUGGACCACUACAGAGCCAGCCUCGCUGAUGCAAUAAAAAGAUUGCUCAAACUGAAUGGGAGAGCCAUUGUGUUCGCUCCUCGACGAGGCAGCACUCUGAACCAGUUCUGCAGCCUAGCUGAGAAAGCGGGUCUCUUCAUCCGCAAAUAUGAAAAUUACGACGAGCACAUUUGGAACUUCCAUUCAAAGAUGAAGAGGGAGGAGAAGGAGAUCUAUGAUGAGAAUAUCCACUACCCAGUGCUGCUGAUACUGACCAAAGGGACGCCCGCGACAGACCCGCCCCGCAAGCAGACCUGAAUCCAGCCGUUUACAUUGACAACAACAGCAUACCUCUGUGUCCUGACCUGCCAAUAUGCCUCUAGUAAGCCCGUCAACACUGUAAACAUACCUAUGGGACAUUUAUUUCAGUUAAGAUUGUUUAGUUUUUUUUAAAAAAAAAAAAAAAAAAAAAAAUAUUAUUAUUAUUAUUUUUUUUUUAAAUAGAUAAAUAGUUGUUGCACUUAAACCCCACGGCCAAGGCUUCUAAAGCUGAGGAACAACAACGAAGCCACUUUGUGGCUUGGAACUUGGUUUCAGGAGACUAGGUUUCAGGCCACUGCAUGACACACCAGGAGAGACUUGGGGUUUGAUACAGCAAAGCUGCCUCAAACUAGGUCUCCCGGUCUCCUAGAUUAGAUUUCAAGCCACAGUUCGUGAAAAUAUGGCUUCAUGUUCCCUCAGCUUCAGAAUCAAAAUCCUGGUCAAAUCAAGUAUGGAGAAAAUUUGUUCUGGAUAUCCAACUCUUUCAGGGGUGCUAUAGUAAAAAUAUUCAUUCAGUCAGUGUCAUUUAAAUGUGCAAAAUAUUGGUUUUAUAGAAAAACUAACUGAAACAACACCAACGAAACGUUCAAUAACAUCAAUUCAUAGGAUAAUUAGGGUUAGUCUUUAAGCAUACAUCCAACGUAUUUUAAAAGAAAUCAAAGAAAUCACAGGUUGAGAUUUGACAGUUGGGUUUGAUGUUCUUUUCUCUUUCAGGUUCAAAGACUAGCUUCUUGUAAGUUCAAAGACUGUUUCUCAACUGUUCAACCCUUACCUAUUUAAAGUGUGCAAUCACAUCUCCUCUUUGACUUGUAGAACAAUCAUUGCCCUCCCUUUCUUGUGCUGGGUGGUUUACCUUGUUCCUUUUAAGAGAUCUUUAUAAA